CCCCGCGGGCCGCAGAGUGCGCGAGGCUCUAGGCUGGGAGUUGUUGUCAGGCCCAGGCCACUUCCGAGGCGCCUGCGGUGUGUCGCCGCCACCACAGGAGGACGACGUCGACGCCGAAGAGGAGGCGGGGGAGCGUGUUGUUGUCUCGCCCGCUCCCCUCCCCUGAACUCGCACCCAACGUCAGGGCGCGAUGGAGUGAAGCGGCGACGAAGGUGGUACUUCCGCGUUGCGCUGCCAGAGCCGAGAGCGCGGCCGAGGCCGCUCCCCCACCCCCGGGGGCACUUGGAGGACUCGGGACUCCCCUGCAGGUCAGCGCCCGGCGCAUCUGGUGUUUUCGCUGCCGAGGUAUAGGACGACGAACGCGAUCGGGAGCUCCGCCGCCCGGAUUCUUGCUUCUCUGAGGUCCGGAGGCCGCUGCGUACCCCACUGUGACCUGGAACCCAGGGACCCGAGUCCCGACCCGGAUUAUCGUGGCGCGUCUCCCGGCCGGUCCUGGUGCUCGGUGUCCCUCCGCCACCGCUCCCGUUUCCGGCGGGGGAGAUGGCCAGGAUCUGACCUGGGAGGAGGCCGCACCCGCGCCGCGCUCUGCGGCUGGCUCUAGGCGAUGCCGAGCAGCUCGGACACGGCGCUGGGGGGAGGCGGGGGCCUGAGUUGGGCGGAGAAGAAGUUGGAGGAACGCCGCAAGCGGAGGCGAUUCCUGUCCCCUCAGCAGCCGCCGCUGCUGUUGCCGCUCCUGCAGCCGCAGCUCCUGCAACCGCCGCCGCCCCCGCCGCCUCUGCUCUUCCUGGCUGCUCCCGGCACGGCCGCCGCCGCAGCCGCCGCCGCCGCGGCCUCCUCCUCUUGCUUCAGCCCGGGCCCCCCUCUGGAGGUCAAGCGGCUGGCUAGAGGCAAGAGGCGCGCAGGAGGGCGGCAGAAGCGGCGCCGCGGGCCCCGCGCCGGGCAGGAGGCGGAGAAGCGUCGGGUCUUCUCGCUGCCCCAGCCGCAGCAGGACGGCGGUGGCGGUGCUAGUAGCGGCGGGGGUGUGACCCCGCUGGUGGAAUACGAGGAUGUGAGCUCCCAGUCCGAGCAGGGGCUGCUGCUGGGGGGGGCCAGCGCGGCAACGGCGGCGACGGCUGCCGGGGGAACGGGGGGCAGCGGCGGGAGUCCGGCCUCCUCCUCCGGCACCCAGCGGCGCGGGGAGGGGUCGGAGCGCAGGCCCCGCCGGGACCGCCGCAGCAGCAGUGGCCGCAGCAAGGAGCGCCACCGCGAGCACCGGCGGCGAGAUGGACAGCGCGGUGGCAGCGAGGCCUCCAAGUCCCGCAGCCGCCACAGCCACAGCGGCGAGGAGCGGGCGGAGGCCGCCAAGAGCGGCAGCAGCAGCAGUAGCGGCGGCCGCCGGAAAAGCGCCUCGGCCACGUCCAGCAGCAGUAGCAGCCGCAAGGACCGGGACUCGAAGGCCCACCGCAGCCGGACUAAGACGUCCAAGGAGCCGCCUUCGGCCUAUAAGGAACCGCCCAAGGCCUACCGAGAGGACAAGACCGAGCCCAAGGCCUACAGGCGGCGGCGGUCCCUCAGCCCGCUGGGAGGCCGGGACGACAGCCCGGUGUCCCACAGGGCCUCUCAGAGCCUGAGGAGCCGCAAGUCCCCCAGCCCGGCAGGAGGUGGCAGCAGCCCCUAUUCUCGGCGGCUGCCGCGCUCCCCGAGCCCCUACAGCCGCCGCCGCUCCCCCAGCUACAGCCGCCACAGCUCCUACGAGCGGGGCGGCGACGUGUCCCCUAGUCCCUACAGCAGCAGCAGCUGGCGCCGUUCUCGCAGUCCCUACAGCCCUGUGCUCAGACGGUCUGGCAAAUCCCGAAGCAGAAGCCCAUAUUCAUCUAGGCAUUCAAGAUCUCGUAGCAGGCACAGAUUGUCUAGAUCCAGAAGUCGUCAUUCUAGUAUUUCUCCUAGCACACUAACUCUGAAGAGUAGCCUGGCAGCUGAAUUGAACAAGAAUAAAAAAGCACGAGCGGCAGAGGCAGCAAGAGCCGCAGAAGCAGCGAAAGCUGCAGAAGCAACUAAGGCUGCUGAGGCUGCUGCCAAAGCUGCAAAAGCUUCAAACACUUCUACACCUACCAAGGGGAACACAGAAACUAGUGCCAGUGCAUCACAAACAAACCAUGUGAAGGAUGUGAAGAAAAUUAAAAUUGAACAUGCACCUUCUCCCUCAAGUGGUGGAACUUUAAAAAAUGACAAAGCAAAAACAAAGCCACCUCUUCAGGUAACGAAGGUGGAAAAUAAUUUGAUUGUAGAUAAAGCCGCCAAGAAAGCAGUCAUAGUUGGAAAAGAGAGUAAAUCUGCUGCUACAAAGGAGGAACCAGUAUCUCUUAAAGAGAAAACCAAACCACUUACACCAAGCAUAGGAGCCAAGGAGAAGGAGCAACAUGUAGCUUUAGUGACCUCUACAUUACCACCGUUACCUUUGCCUCCCAUGCUGCCUGAAGAUAAAGAAGCUGAUAGCUUACGAGGAAAUAUUUCAGUAAAAGCAGUAAAGAAAGAAGUAGAAAAGAAACUCCGAUGUCUUCUUGCUGAUUUACCGCUGCCCCCUGAGCUACCAGGAGGAGAUGAUCUCUCAAAGAGUCCAGAGGAAAAGAAAACAGCAACACAAUUACAUAGUAAAAGGAGGCCUAAAAUAUGUGGGCCUCGCUAUGGUGAAAUCAAAGAAAAAGAUAUUGACUGGGGAAAACGCUGCGUGGAUAAAUUUGAUAUCAUCGGAAUUAUUGGAGAAGGUACUUACGGACAAGUUUACAAAGCCAGGGAUAAAGACACUGGAGAAAUGGUAGCCUUAAAAAAAGUACGUCUGGAUAAUGAAAAGGAAGGCUUUCCAAUUACAGCAAUUCGAGAAAUUAAAAUUCUCCGGCAGCUUACCCAUCAGAGUAUUAUCAAUAUGAAGGAAAUAGUGACUGAUAAAGAAGAUGCUUUGGAUUUCAAGAAGGACAAAGGUGCAUUUUAUCUGGUGUUUGAAUAUAUGGACCAUGAUCUGAUGGGACUACUGGAAUCAGGCUUGGUUCAUUUUAAUGAAAAUCACAUAAAGUCAUUUAUGAGACAGCUCAUGGAGGGUCUGGAUUAUUGUCAUAAGAAGAACUUUUUGCAUAGAGAUAUUAAAUGUUCCAAUAUCCUUCUAAAUAAUAGAGGGCAGAUAAAACUUGCAGAUUUUGGACUUGCUCGAUUGUAUAGCUCAGAAGAAAGUCGGCCGUAUACUAACAAGGUAAUUACUUUAUGGUACCGUCCACCUGAACUGCUGUUGGGCGAAGAACGAUACACACCAGCCAUUGAUGUAUGGAGCUGUGGCUGUAUCCUUGGCGAACUCUUCACUAAAAAACCUAUAUUUCAAGCAAAUCAGGAACUUGCACAACUAGAAUUAAUAAGUAUUCCUGCAGCUGCGCUAGACUUAUUUGAUUACAUGCUCGCCUUGGAUCCUAGUAAGCGCUGCACUGCUGAACAGGCUCUUCAGUGCGAGUUCCUCCGAGAUGUGGAACCCUCAAAAAUGCCUCCACCAGAUCUUCCUUUAUGGCAAGAUUGUCAUGAGUUAUGGAGUAAAAAGCGAAGAAGACAGAAGCAGAUGGGCAUGACUGAUGAUGUUUCCACAAUUAAAGCCCCUAGAAAGGAUUUGUCUCUGGGCUUGGAUGACAGCAGAACCAACACACCCCAGGGUGUGCUGCCAUCUUCACAGCUGAAAUCUCAGGGCAACUCAAAUGUGGCACCUGUAAAAACAGGCCCUGGACAGCACUUAAACCACAGUGAAUUGGCAAUUCUUCUAAACCUACUACAAUCUAAAACAAGUGUUAAUAUGGCUGAUUUUGUCCAAGUGUUGAACAUUAAGGUAAACUCUGAGACUCAACAGCAGCUAAAUAAAAUAAACCUUCCUGCUGGAAUUUUGGCAACAGGUGAAAAACAGACAGAUCCAUCAACACCACAACAGGAGUCUUCAAAACCGUUGGGAGGAAUUCAGCCUUCUCAGACCAUCCAGCCUAAAGUGGAGACUGAUGCUGCCCAGGCGGCUGUGCAGAGUGCAUUUGCAGUUCUGUUGACUCAGUUAAUAAAGGCUCAGCAGUCAAAGCAGAAAGAUGUGCUACUAGAAGAGAGGGAAAAUGGAUCGGGACAUGAAGCAUCAUUACAACUCAGGCCACCUCCAGAACCUAGCACUCCGGUGUCGGGACAAGAUGACCUCAUCCAGCAUCAAGAUAUGAGGAUCUUGGAGCUAACACCAGAACCAGACCGGCCUCGAAUUCUGCCUCCUGACCAACGACCUCCUGAACCUCCUGAACCACCACCAGUCACGGAGGAAGAUCUAGAUUAUCGGACAGAAAACCAGCAUGUACCCACCACCAGUUCUUCAUUAACUGAUCCUCAUGCCGGAGUGAAGGCAGCCCUGUUACAGCUGCUUGCUCAGCAUCAGCCCCAGGAUGACCCCAAAAGAGAAGGUGGGAUUGAUUAUCAAGCAGGAGACACUUACGUGUCCACUUCAGACUACAAGGACAACUUUGGAUCGUCUUCUUUCUCUUCUGCUCCUUAUGUUAGCAAUGAUGGUCUAGGAAGCAGUUCUGCUCCACCACUAGAACGACGUAGUUUCAUUGGAAAUUCAGAUAUUCAGUCUUUGGAUAACUACAGUACUGCUUCAUCUCAUUCUGGUGGUCCACCUCAGCCUUCUGCCUUUUCUGAGUCGUUUCCCAGUUCAGUAGCUGGUUUUGGAGACAUUUACCUCAAUGCUGGUCCCAUGUUGUUUAGUGGAGACAAGGACCAUAGAUUUGAAUAUAGCCAUGGUCCUAUUGCAGUCCUGGCAAACAGCAGUGACCCUUCCACGGGGCCAGAGAGUACUCAUCCUUUGCCAGCAAAGAUGCACAACUAUAACUAUGGUGGUAACUUACAGGAAAACCCAAGUGGCCCCAGCCUCAUGCAUGGACAGACCUGGACUUCUCCUGCCCAAGGACCUGGAUAUUCACAAGGAUACAGGGGACAUAUUAGCACAUCAACUGGCAGAGGCAGAGGCAGAGGGUUACCAUACUGAGUAUCUGUUUUUCCUCAGGCACAUCAUUUUUAUCUGGAAAGACUUUUCUAGCUGCAAUUUAAGGCAGCAAUCCAAGAGACUUGAAUAAUAAUAAUUCAACAACAGCUUUAUUUUUAUGUGGAGAAGGGUCUUGCAUACAAUAGUUUAAAAAGACAAAAAAAAAAAAAAAAACCUUUGCUUAAAUUCAUGCUGUUCUAAAAACUAGAUCUAUCGAUUGUACAUCUUCACAAAUUCUAGUUAACAAUUUUAUUUUGUAUUCUUGCAGUUUUAAGUGGAUGCUAAUUUUAGGGACAUAAGCCUUUUAUGGCCCUCUUGCAGAUCUUCUGAACUAUGCACAUUUGUGCUUUUUUUGUAAGUUUGGACCAACUUUUAUGUAACAAACAGCCCCUCCCCACCUCCAGUUUUACAACAAUCAGAAAGGGCACUGAUUUAUUUGGUAUUUUUCUUUUUACAAAGCUACCUUUAGUCAAAGGUCACUGUCAGUCUUUGCACCUGCUUUCAGUGUUAUUGUGAAAGGUGUACUUUGUGCUCAUUUCAGAAAAUAAAACACAACCUUUCUCUUGAUGCAACAGUUUUAUAAGAAAAAAAUGGUCAACGUUAUUUUUGUUUUGUUUUGCAGAUUAUCAUAGUCUAGCAAAAUGCAUUUAAAUGAAAUAGUGGGUUUUAUAUGAAAACUAUGGGUGGGGUGGGGAGGGAAAGUAAGUGCCUUAACAGGUAAGCUUAAGGUCUGAAAAAAAAUAGUUAACUUUUACCCCCAUUUGUCUUUUAAAGGGUAUCAACGCAUUAAAAAGGCAGGAAGCUCUCAAGUUUUCAGGGGCUGCCUGUUCAGUUCCGGUUAGGUCCAUUCCCUCUGCCUGUCACACUUUCUCCUUUUCUGCCUGUCUUUGGGCUGUGUUACCUUUCACUACUACCUUCUCUUGAUAGGGGAGUGAGAGCAAAGAAAGGGAGAACUGCAAUCAGUACCUUUUGUUUGAUAAGUUCUAAAAAGUUUUGUCAUUUAAAUGGUUGAAAGUAAUAGCUCCAGGAGAAUUUUAGAGUACCAUUUUCUUUCAGGCUGCCAUAUUAUCCCUGUUUCCAUUUGCCAUGGAUAAUUGGAGGGUCAUAGUAUAGAAGCAAGAGUUAAUAACAGAACUUGCAUAAAUGUGUUAAAGUUCAUGGGGGAGGGGUGGCAAAUACCAUAUUUUAAGUUAUGCAAUUGCCAUUUUAAGAAAGUCAAUUCUAUUCACUUGUUAACUAGAAACAUUGCCUAGAUUGAGUUUAUUGAAGCAAAAAGAAAAGGCAAUGAGAGAGAACUUUUAUCUUCCUUCCUGUUACCUACUAUAUAGUUGAUUAUGACUUCUGCCAGACUUAGAGCAACAGCUUUAGUUCAACAUUUUUUUUUGUUUUUAUGAAGAGCAUCAAAGAAUGGAGUAGUCCUUAUUUAAACUGUAAUGGUGUCAAGUCUCACUGUGUGCACACUCUCACACAUAUACACACAAUUAUUAUUCUAGAAAGGAACCAAAGGUAAAUAAUCAGUGUUUCCAUUAUCACUAAAUGGAAAAAUUGACUGGAAGUUAGAGUUGUGCCAAUUAAUCAUUUUGUUCAUUAACUGUUCUGGUAACUUAUUUUUUUUUAUUGGAAUCUUAAAUUGGAACAACUGUUACAGAAUGUAUAUUGCUCCAGUUCUAAAGCCAGUUAACCCUGUGCCCUCUAACUUACGAACCUUCAUUUCAAAACAGUAUGUGGGAAGCCCUGUAGUUUGGUAACAGUAAAAUUAUUUUAAAGAGGAUAAUUUACCAUUUUACUACUAUAAAACAGUUGAUAUCAGUUGACCAUUUUAUUUUUUGAUGGACUCUUUGUUGUUGGGAGAAAGAAAUGGAUGGAAGAAAAAAUAUUUUGCUUUUAUUUGAAUAUUGAUUACUAACAACUUAUAAACUACAUUGCAGGAAAUGAAGAAAUAUUUUGAAAUUAGCAAAAUAGCAACAGUAUUCAAGUAUCUGAAAUUUUAAUAUGGUGAGUCUUAGAGCUUUAGACUUUCCUAUAAGUGACAGUAUCUAAGUUAUUCUUAAUAGUCACACUUGAUAAUUCUGCUGACCAUAAGCAGCUAACCUACAAUUGAAGAUAUUUAUGUGACAUGAAUAGCCUGUGUUUUAAAAAUUAAAUAUUUUAUAUAAAAU